GUCUGUUUUAAUCAACUGGGGAGCAUAUUGCAAGUAUGAACUUUUUUCACAUGCUGGAUAAAUACAGUAUAUGCAAGAACAAAUCAAAACCUGGAAAUGUUAUGUUUUUGCCACAAUCUGAUCAAAAGGAAUGACAUUGUCCCAAUAAUGGUAAGUCAGUAACAACGUGCAGUCUAAUUGACUUGUUGACAGACUUGCUUUGGCUUUUUUGUUGUACUUGUUGGGUAAUCUUUAGUCAAAGACUGAAUUAACAUUGAAUAUAGACUUGAUUACGUAGUGUACUACUUGCCAGUUGUUAUGUAAAAGUCUGCUAUUGUGUUGUCAAUAUCAAACAAAGCCUCAACCUGGGGACCUGAUUGAGAUAUUCCGUGGGACCUAUCAGCACUGGGCCUUGUAUGUUGGAGAAGGUUACAUCGUCCACCUCUGUCCCCCCAGUAAGUACAAUUUGCUCCUGAUCUUUAAUACUGGACGUCAUGGCGCAGAGAAGCCUACAAAGUACAUUUCCUUAUUUACAAUGACGGCCUACCAAAAGGCAAAAGGCCUCCAACGGGGACGGGGGCUGGAUUCAUGGACCUAGAAAAAAUAUGCUUAUGAUCAUGUUUAUAAAAUAGUGUAUAAACUCUAUAAUGUACCCAUGCAUUAAGAAAAACAUAGUAAACGUCACUGAUCUGACCCCCUCCUAAGAGUUUCCUUUCUGCUGUUUCCUCCACUCUCACUAUGUGGCCCUGCCUCACCUCACUGAUCCUACCUCUCCUACCUAAGCUGAGGCAGCUGGGGCUGGUGCCUACAGCCUGGUGUCUGUGCUGUGUGACACAGCCGUUGUGACCAAGGAGAGGCUGGAGGAGAUAGUGGGGAAGGACAGGUUCCUUGUCAACAACCUGCUGGAUGGCAAACACAAACCCCGGAGUGUUUAUGACAUACUGAGGGAUGCCCGCAGCCUGCUGGGCCUGGAGAUGCCUUACUGCAUCCUGAGGGGAAACUGUGAACACUUUGUCACCGAGCUGAGAUAUGGGAAGGGAGAGUCCCAGCAGGUGUGUGUGCUGACAAUCAUGAUAUCCUUUUAA